AUGGCUGGCUCCUCGUCGUCAAUCGAAAAGCGACUUGCGGAGCCAGCAUCCGACGACUCACCCUCAGGUGGCACCACGCAGCCGCCCCCAGAAGUCUCACCAUUAAAUCCGCCGACUUCGCCACCUGCGCAACGACCUUUGUCCCCAUCGUCGGCACCUGUGUCGGCACCUUCGUCGGACCCUCCACUAAUAACAGACGUUCUGCCCGUCGUUCCAACGUCGGUGACGACGUCGCCGUCCAACUACGGUCGCAUCAACGCCGAGAACGAGAACAAUCUGAGCCUCUUCGACGACCUGCCUAGCCGCCGCGCGAGACACCCGCGUCUCCAGUCAAGUUCACGCAGCGAGUCCGCAGCGCACCAGCAACGGCAGAAACAGGCGCAUCAUCGACAAGAUCCCGACACGCGGCGGAAGAGGCAAAGAGCCACCCCAAUGUCGUUAUUGGCAUUGCCCCCAGAGCUCGUCGACGCUAUCCUGUCCAACCUGUCAGCUCAGGAUCUCGCCUUCGUUUCAGCCACUUGCCGGGCGCUACGAAAGCACGCCAUAUCCGACUUCCACUGGCAUAGGCUGGUCCAGCGCAACGUGCCUGGCCAAGCCGUGACCAGGCCCGGCCCCUGCUCGAGCUAUCGCGAACUCUAUGUGGCCCACGACCGGGUCUGGUUCCUACCCAAAUACAAGAUCUGGUUCUGCGACAGGGACCUGAUGGGCAAGCUGAUCAUAACGCGUUUCGAUCAGCGGCGCGGCUGCAUAGAGGGGUAUCAGCUGCUCGCAGUCAGCAGCCGGAGCACGUUUCAACACUGGUCAGCGGACAGCCAGGUUAUAAUCCAUGGUUUCGAGCCGCAGGUCAAACUGCACCUCGACAAGCCUGUGGUGCAGUUCCGUGUCCGAGACAGGCAGGAGGACGGAGGUUUUUCGUCGCGACCCGGCGCUAACCGCUUCGCCGACGAGAUGCCCAUGACACUAGAGGAGCGCAUGGGCGCCAUGUUCAGCAACUUUUUGCUAACGCGGCCCCUGGACCCCGAGACGGCCGAGGAGAAGCUCGAGGCCGAUUACCCGUACGACAACAUCUGGCCGCCGCCGACGAUCCCGGCCCGCCACCACGUGUCCGGCGCCCGCUCCGGCCAGGGCGUCGUCAACCUUUCUCCCGACGACCGGCCCCGGUCUAAGUGGCAGGUCUCGGACCAGACCUUCCGUAUUCGGCAGUGGAUGGAGAUGGCCGGCACGCCGGUGCCGCCGAGGCUCCUGGGCCAAGCCGUCCGUGGGCCGCCAGAUCUGGGCCUGACAGGCGUCCACAUCGGCGAGGAGAUAAUCACCUACUCGACCCUCGACCCCGUGCUGUACACGCCGACGCCGACCAAGCCGUGGCGGGGAAUCUGGGUCGGCGACUACAGCGGCCACGGCUGCGAGUUUCUGCUCAUCAACCAGCCAGACGACCCGCCCGCCACCGAUGCCGAGCUGGGUCUGGUCCGAGACGAGGACGAGGCGGAUGAGGCGUGGGAGAAAAGGCGGGCCGAAGCGCGAAUGUAUCGCGGCCGCCUCGAGGCGAUCAAGCUGACGGGCGACCCGAAUGUGCCUCGCGGCGAGUACACAUUCGUGGCUGACGACCUGGGCCCCAAGGGAUUUGUCGGCGUGGCAGCGGACGAGCCCUUUGUCGGUGCCAGAGUGGUCCACAGCCAGGGCCAUAUCGCAGGCACCGGCUUUGUGCGAGACAAGUACAUUGAGAGCCAGCUUCUGCUCCUCUCCCCAAACAGGUUGGCGCAGUACUGGGUCGGGUUUGGGCACAUCAGCUUCUUCGAGAGGGUCCACAUUGACGACUUUCUGGUGCCGUGA